GAGGAUUUCAGCCAUGUUAGAUUUCUGCUGUGUGGACAAACGAUGAGAGACGGGAGACCAUGGCCUUGUCACUGAGCGGAGACGAUGAGGAUUAUGACUCUGAUUGCGAACAGCAGCGGGCAGCCAACCGCCCGAAGCCCAAAAUGGGGACAUCAGCAGCUGUCAAGCUGCCGUCCAAUCGCAGCUCAUCUGGAGCCAGACGGAGAAGGACACGCUGCCGAAAGUGCGAGGCGUGCCUCCGUACAGAGUGUGGGGAGUGUCAUUUUUGCAAGGACAUGAAAAAGUUUGGAGGGCCAGGGCGCAUGAAGCAGUCUUGCAUCAUGAGACAGUGCAUUGCGCCAGUUCUGCCCCACACAGCAGUGUGUGUGGUAUGCAAAGAAGCGGGGAAGGAGGACACCUUAGAGGAAGAGGAAGACAAGUUUAACUUCAUGCUUAUGGAGUGCUCCAUCUGCAAUGAGAUUGUCCAUCCUAAUUGCCUUAAGGUAAAUGAUGCUUCAGGGGUAGUAAAUGAUGAACUUCCGAAUUGCUGGGAAUGCCCUAAGUGUAACCAUGCUGGGAAAACGGGAAAAGUAUGUAAGCAAAAAAGAGGUCCAGGGUUCAAGUACGCCUCCAACCUCCCUGGCUCCUUGCUUAGGGAGCAGAAACCUAUGAAGGAAGAGGGGGAUGCUUCCUCUGCGGCCAAGAGGAGACCUGAUAGAGAGGAGACACCUAGGUACCGACCUGAGGAGUCUCUCCACAGACAGCCUCCUUUGCUGUCUCCCAGCAGCCUGCCCAGGCCCAGACCUGAGGACAAACUAAGGAAGAAGAGAAAGCUCUUUGAAGAUGAUGAGGAAGAGGAUCCCAGUUUGAGGAAGAAGGAUAAAGUAGAUGAUCCUUUCUUUCCAAAACUUCCGCAUCAAAUCAAGACGGAAGAGGACAUGGAGGAGGAAGACGAUGAAGACGGAAGGGAAACCAACUUUCUGAGUGCUGCUGAGAGGCGAGGGCGGUUGAGGGAGGAGGAGGAAGAAGCAGAUGACAAGGAAUCCAAGACUGAGCUUUUAAGUCCUGCCAUCAGGACACCUUUCCCAGACAGUGACCAGUCUCACUGCAGCUCUCCACAGGCCGGCCCCAGCAGUGAAGGUGGGAGUGAGACUCAGGAGAAAGGUCCACGUCCCAAAGCCCGGCGUAAGCGGCGUUUACCUAACAAGGAGCUGAGCAGGGAGCUGAGCAAAGCACUGAACCAGGAGAUUCAGAAGACAGAGGACUGCCUGGCUAAUGAAAAUCGCCAGCCUCUCAAGGUAGAACCCGAGAGCGAAAAUGAGGAACCCAAAAGGCCAUUCCGCAAUGGCAGUGAACUGGGGGACCAGAGGCCCCAUCUUAGGGCCAAAGAGAUGAACGGCACUCCUUGGGAACUGCGCCAUUUCUACCCCAGUCAGAUCACUCCUCUUGGCUUUAACAGGAGCACCCCUACCACCCGGCCCUUGCCCCCACGCUCCCCUCCCAAAUGUGUCCAAAUGGAGCGUCACGUCAUCCGGCCUCCCCCCAUCAGCCCUCCCCCAGACAGACUGCCUCUGAGAGAGGGAAAGACCCAUGUCUUGCAGCGGGAGGCAUGGAUGAAAGUCUUCGGUUAUCUCACACAUAAAGAGCUAUGUGUCUGCAUGAGAGUUUGCAAGACGUGGAACAGAUGGUGCUGUGAUAAGAGACUUUGGACAAAGAUUGAUUUGAACCGCUGCACAUCCAUCACUCCACUCAUGCUCAGUGGCAUCAUCCGUAGACAGCCUGUAUCCCUGGACCUCAGCUGGACUAACAUCUCCAAGAAACAGCUAAGCUGGCUCAUAAACAGAUUACCAGGUCUGCGAGUGUUGAAGCUGUCUGGGUGUUCCUGGGUAGCUGUAUCUGCUCUCUGCACUUCCAGCUGUCCUCUUCUCCGUGCACUAGAUGUCCAGUGGGUGGAGGGACUCAAAGAUGCCCAGAUGAGAGACCUCCUCUCACCACCAACAGACAACAGACCAGGUCAAAUGGACAACCGCUGUAAGCUGCGUAAUGUGGUGGACCUCCGCUUGGCUGGCCUGGACAUCACAGACACGUCUCUGCGUCUUAUAAGCCGGCAGAUGCCCUCGCUGUCCAGAUUGGACCUAAGCUAUUGCAACCAUAUCAAUGACCAGUCUGUCAACCUGCUAACAGCAGCAGGGACAACAACCAGGGACUCUCUCACAGAGAUCAACUUGUCAGUUUGCAACAGGGUCACAGACCAUUCCCUUACUUUUUUCAAGCGCUGUGGAAGCAUCUGUCAAAUUGAUCUACGCUACUGCAAACAGGUGACCAAGAUGGCCUGCGAAAGGUUCAUUGCAGAGAUGUCAGUCAGUGUGCAGUUUGGAUUGAAAGAAGACAAAUUUCUCCAGAAGAUCAGCUAGUUCCUGAGAGGACAAAAUAUAAGAAAAGACUACUUUUGCACUAAAUGGAACAACUCUUCUUUUUUUUUUUAACUGCUCCUGUGACAGAACUUUGAAUUAAUGUCACAUUAAAUGAGUUUAAGCAAGAGGCCAAGAUUUGUCUUUGCUCUGCCACAUCUCUUUUUGGAUCCUGCGGUCUACAAAAAUGGAUUCUUCCCAAGAAGGGAAUGAUGGACAUUCACUGAAAAACAAAGCAUGCAUGUAUUUGUGUUAAGAUUGUACCUUUAUAAAGACUUGUGCUUGUGACUGAUUGUUGGGCUGUUCAUUUCUAUUCUUUAAAUAUUUGAAAGAUAUUUUUGUACAAACAUUGUUUCAUAAGUUAAAAGUAUCCAUCACACCUUUUCAAGGGACACGUUUUUUUUCCAGAUAUGCAUAACAGCGUGUUGAAAGAUUGAAACUGAAUACUGAUAUUGUUCUUUUUCUGUUUGCCUCGAUACAAAUAUGCAUCUUGUGUGCCAAAACCUGUAUUUGACAUAAAUGUAACUGGCAUCACAUGCAAAAAGAAAAGUAAUGUACAGUAAUGGAUGUCUGAAUAAAUUAUAAAUACUUACUGAA